UUGCUACACUUUCCACAUUGAACUUCUACAUAUAGCCCAGCUAAGAUUGAGCUAUACUCAACAACACAUCUCUCUCUCUCUCUCUCUUUCUCGGUUCAAAGUUCAAACCGUGUAUUGGUUGAGUUUGGUUUGAAAAACAAAACAAGCAUACUAUGGCAGAUGUUCUGAGUCAAGAACAGAUUGUUGAAAUCAAAGAAGCCUUUGGUUUGUUUGACAAAGAUGGAGAUGGGUGCAUUACUGUGGAAGAAUUAGCCACAGUUAUCCGUUCAUUGGAUCAGAACCCAACAGAAGAAGAGCUCCAAGAUAUGAUAAACGAGGUCGAUGCAGAUGGCAAUGGAACCAUAGAGUUCGUUGAGUUUUUGAACUUAAUGGCCAAGAAAAUGAAGGAAACUGAUGCAGAGGAUGACCUGAAAGAGGCUUUCAAGGUUUUUGACAAAGAUCAAAAUGGCUAUAUUUCUGCUAGUGAGUUGAGACACGUAAUGAUAAAUCUUGGUGAAAAACUAACUGAUGAGGAGGUGGAUCAGAUGAUUCAAGAAGCAGAUUUGGAUGGUGAUGGUCAAGUUAACUAUGAAGAAUUCGUUAAGAUGAUGAUUACCAUUGGAUGAAACUCACUCACUCUCAAUAAACAUAUCAUUAUUUUUGCUAUUCAAAUUCAUUUGGCUCCCAUUAAUCGUCUCAUUCAACUGCAAGAAAUAAAUGUUCCUAUCAUAGCAUGUUAUACUCUAUUUGUAUUUUGUAGUCAAUGAAGUGAAUGAACAACGCGUUAGGGUGACAUCUAAGCUACACCAUUUGUUU